AUGAGCCUUGCCUCGAGGUUUUACCAGUGCCCGCGCCUUGCCUCUGCCUUUGCCCACCGCUACAACUCCCCUCGUCUCGCUUACUUCAAUUUGUCCCGCUCCGUGCUGGCACGGAGAUGUUACUCAGAGCACCAGCAUCAUAGCGAUCCUAGAUUGGCAGACCUGGGCCGGCAGAUCCAGGAUGAGUAUGCUCAGAUCAGAGAGUAUUAUGCGACCCCCAAACACCCCAUAGUUCUGGCCCAUGGGCUUCUCGGCUUCGCAGAACUCCGUGUGGCGGGCCGUUGGCUUCCCGCUGUCCAAUACUGGCGCGGUAUCUCGGAUGCUCUGGCGGCCAAUGGAGUGGAAGUAAUCACGACCACUGUUCCGCCCUCAGGGAGCAUUGAGCAACGGGCUGAGAAGCUAGGCGAGGAGAUUGCCAGAGUGGCCCAAGGCAAAAGCGUCAACAUCGUUGCUCACAGCAUGGGCGGCUUAGAUGCCCGUCAUAUGAUAUCACAUCUUCGACCGAAGGAUGUCAACGUGGUAUCCCUUGUCACUGUUGCCUCUCCCCAUCACGGUAGCGCUUUUGCGGAUUACCUGAUAGAAGAGAUUGGCCCUGAUCGCCUGCCCAGUCUGUUCAAGUUCGUUCACGGACUCGGCAUGGAAACAGGUGCCUUUUCUCAGUUGACACAAAAGUACAUGAGCAACGACUUCAACCCGAAGACACCGAACGACCCAGACGUGCGGUACUUCUCUUACGGCGCGAUGAUGGGUCGCCCUCCAAUACUGAGUCCCUUCCGCCUGUCCCAUACCGUUCUCAAUGACCUAGAGGGGCCGAACGACGGGCUCGUGAGUGUGAAAUCCAGCAAAUGGGGCGAUUACAAAGGAACUUUGGUUCAGGUCAGUCACAUGGACCUAAUCAAUUGGACAAAUCGCUUGAGGUGGACGUUCCGAAGAAUGGUCGGUAAAGAUCCCACCUUCAAUGCAAUCGCCUUCUACCUUGACAUAGCAGAUAUGCUCGCAAAGGAAGGCCUUUGA